AUGCUCCAUGAGUAUGAUCUUAUUGAUCAAGAAACUUUAAAAAGAGAUCAGUAACUGAAUGGUUUGUUAAUCAAAAUUAGAGAAGACAUUAUGAAAGGCUAUGUUGUCGAAGUUAAAACAAAAACUCAAACUUAUCAUUAAGUAAAAAUAUUGUUCAAAUUAGUUAGAAAAUAAUUCAAAAUAAAAUUCAGGAGUCUCAUCUAUUAAUAAUUCCUUAAUAAAAGAUCCAAGAUUAAAUUUAAAUGAAAUUGAUAAAAUUAAAAACAUAGAUGAAACCAUUUUAUAAUCAUAACGUGAUAAUCAGUAAAUUAUUCGAUUGACAAAUUCAAUAAGUUANUUAUAUAUUCAUGAAUAAGGCAUUUUACAUAGAGAUUUAAAACCAGAUAAUAUAUUAUAGAGAAAUGACACUUAAAAAUACGUUAUUAUAGAUUUUGGAUUAGCUGAUUUAUAUAGAGAAGAUGGAUAGUAUUUAUUUAAAAAAUGUGGAACUCCAGGAUAUUGUGCACCAGAAAUACUAUGGAAUUAAAAUUAUGAUUACAAAGUGGAUGUAUAUAGUCUUGGAGUGAUUCUGUAUUAAAUGUUAACAGGAUUAAAUCCCUUCUAUUCUAAAAACUAUGAUGACAGAGUUAUGCUUAACAAAGAGUCUAAAUUUGAUUAUGGUAAAGUUAAAGUUUCUUAUGAUGCUCUUGAUUUAUUAUAAGGAAUGUUAAACAGAAAUCCUUAAAAAAGAUUGAGUGCAAAAGAGGCUUUAAAUCAUCGUUAUUAUUUGUAAUAGUAAAAACAAUCUUAUCAUGUACCUUCAAUUUCUCAUCUAUCUGAUACACUUAUGAAUACAGGAAGUUAGAUAUCAUCACCUAGAUUAGAGAGCCAUUUCAACUUUUUUGAAAUUGGGGAAUUUUCUAGUCGAUAUACUAGUCCAUUACUUUCUCCUAAAUUAAGUCCAAGAUUUGAUGAAUUAGAUAAGGAAAUUUUAAAUCAUCAUAAUAUUUACAGUUGUCAUAUUUCUAAUUUGAAAUUACCUAAAUAACAAAUCAAUCAUGAACAAUUCUUAGAGAAUUUAAUGUAAAAAUAAAAGGUUUGA